GCUCGGUCCGUCUAUAAAGAAGCGGCAACCGUUCGUCACAGUUACACCAAGUGUAGUGUUCUAUAACCUUACCCCGUCUCCUCCCUAGGGAUCAUUUUAGCAUUCUUUGAUUGCGCUAUGGCCUCACCUAUCUCACCUGUCGCUGAGUUAGUACCAGAGACCCUGUUAGAAAUCUUUAAACGACUCGCCGAGGAUGGUGAUGCAACGCUCGUCCCCUCCGUUCUGUGUUGCAGAAAAUGGCAACCUUUGGCCCUGUGUAUAUUAUAUGACGACGUUGUUCUGAACCAACAACGUCUUAUUAAGUUCGUGGAAAACUGCGCAGACCAUGAGAUCCGUUCUCUCACAUUGCAUACGGAUGCCAUUCCCAUCAACCCAUAUGAUCCAACUGAAGCCAGACAAACGGCCGAAGCUAGGCUGGAAGCUCUAAGACGACUUCGCCCACGGAUUACGAGGCUUAAGCCCAUAUCAAUAUCAAUCGUAGUUCAUGUUCCGUUUCCGUAUAUGGCCUCGAGCGAAAUCUCUUCUAUUAUAGACAGCUUGCCUGCCUCCUGUAUAAGCUUAGAAGUCGAUAUGAGAUACGGCAGCAACAUCCAAAACCUUACAGUAGAUUCGCAACCUCAUUCGCACAUGUGCGACGCCAUUCGUGCUAUUCUACCUCGGUUGCAGCACAUCCGCCUGCGCCUCCCACGAAUUUGUCCUGUUAUUUUCUCUGCCGAGUCGCCUAGUCAGAAUGCGCACCGUCAACCUAUCCGCGCUGCGGGGCUCAAAACGUGCCUCAUUAAUUUCUCCCAACGCCUGUUAUCAACGGGCCUAGAGAAGACACGAGAUUGGGUGUCAUCACUAGAUAUUUUAGAGACGUUAGCUGAGGGUAGCAGCUGGAUAGAGACCACUACCGGAGCCCGCCUACCGAUAGCCAUGCUACGGGAGAACCAGGAUACGCGUGAGGCACUGUCUUGA